GGGGCCGAUUAUGGAUCAUGGUGCAGCAGACUCUGACAGGAGUCUCACUGUAACCAUCCUCAUCCUUGUUGUGUUCGGAGGCCACGUCGCAGCCGAGAGUCGAGCUCAGUGGGUCACAGGCCCAUGGGGAGCAUGUGAGCAUGUGCAUUGUGGGUAUGGCGGAAAGCAGUACCGAGAGGUGUGGUGUCAGAGCAUCCUGGGUGGACCGACCUGGCACAACACGAACUGCGACCACCUCCCAAAACCCAUUGACGUCCAGGAGUGCUACAAGAUCUGUGACAGCGAAAAAGUCAUCUGGGACAAAUCCAGCUGGCUGGGGACUUCUUCCUCCCGCAACAACAACAACGACAAACCCUGGCCGGCCGGGAUUCCUCGCCUACCGAACCACGAACAACCGUCUUCGUCGUCAUCGCUGGGCGAACGUUUUCACGAGAGCAACGUCGUGUGGUCGGUGUCACAGUGGAGCCAGUGCCAGCUGGCGCCGGGCGUCACUUCUUGUGGGAAGAACAAUGGUGUCCGGUACCGCACGGUGGUGUGCGAGCGCCGUGACAGCCGCGUGCAGGUCAAUGAUCGUGCGUGUCUUGCUACUGAGCCCAAGCCAAGACCGUCGCAGGCGUGUGAGCUUCUGUGUCGCAUGGACUGCGUCGUGACACCGUAUUCUGUGUGGAGCGGCUGUGAUGCGUCGUGCCGGCUCCCCAACAGGACGCGGACGCGCGACAUCGUGCUGCCCCCGCGUCAUGGGGGUGGCCAUUGCCCGGAGUUCUCCGAGAUGCUGCCCUGUGAUAAUUGUACGGAGUCGUACACGUACCUGCUGGGAGCCUGGGAACUGUGUCAGCCAUUCGAUUCGAGUUUUAUGAAAAACGUGAAGACGCAUCCCUUGAUUGGAUACCAAAAUCGGGUCAUAACAUGUCUAGGCAGCAAAGGAACUGUGACUAGUUUUAGACGAUGUACAGAGAAGAUUAAGGAAGCCCUCUUACCACAACACCAAGCUUGCAUCAUUCCUCAGGACUGUGUCGUGUCGGGGUGGUCUCCCCUUGCUCCCUACAACAGCAGCUGUGUGGGGGAGGUGGGGAUCGUCCCUGGGUACAUGGUGCGGUCCCGCACCGUAAUUCAAGUCCCACUGGGGGAUGGGAAGCCCUGCCCCUCGGAGCUGAGAGAGAUGGUCAAACUGCAGGGUGAAAACUUGUAUGAUCUCAGACCGUGUAAAAGUUCUAAGUGGAUUCUGUCUGGCUGGAGUAUCUGUGAGUCGGUGCCAGGCUAUAGUCGGUGUGGAAAAGGCAUACAGAGUCGGAAGGCCAUUUGUGUACAACUUGACGAUGAUGGUAUAGAACGCCCGGUCCUCGACGAAGCCCAGUGUCCCCAGCCGAAACCGCUCAUCUCGCAGGGCUGUGACAUGGAGUGUAACUGGGACUGCUCCGUCUCUCAGUGGUCCCCGUGGAGCACGUGUCUCUCUGACGACUGUCUAGCUUCCAAGAGAAAGAGACAAAGUGUUCAACUAAAUGGCAAGCGUCACCGUACGCGGGAAGUGCUGACGUUGCCGGGUCCUGGGGGCCAAGAAUGCCUGCACGUCAGCGAGAGUCAGAUGUGUGAACCGAGACUGUGCUUCGGCUGGAAUCUCACCGUCGGGGACUGCGACGCUACGCAGCCUGGGGGGUGCGGCAUUGGCCACCGCGGCAUCACGGCCGUGUGUGUCAACAGAGCCGGGGACGUGGUCACGGAUCGCCGAUGCUGGGACCAGCGGGGCAGUCAGCCGUGGCAGGAUUGCUAUGUGCCAUGCUCCGAGGACUGCGUGACGUCCGAGUGGUCAAGCUGGUCAUCGUGUCCAGAGCCAUGCAGUCCACACUCGCUGGGACCGAACAUCCGGAUGAGGGAGCGCAAUAUUCUAGCUUAUCCUGGGAAAGGUGGCCAGCCAUGCCCUCCAAUAUUAAAGGAAAGUCGAUCGUGCCCCACUACUGUCGAAUGUGCUAAAUACUUUUGGAAAACCAACCAAUGGGAGCGGUGUAUCCUUGACGACGGUGGUAUAAGGUGUGGGCGUGGCAUCCAGAACCGUAAAGUAACGUGUCACAAUGAACAGGGACAGGCUGUGCUGGCAAGAAGAUGUGAAGAAAGAGUUAAACCCAGAGAGACUCAGUCUUGUACGCUAGCUUGUCCCGUCGACUGCCUGGUAACCGAGUGGUCUAACUGGUCCACAUGUCAUGUGUCCUGUCUGGAUGUCCCAUCCCAGAUUCUUCCCAAACAGAGACGCCAGCGCUUUAUCCUGCAGUACCCAGAGAACCGCGGCUCACCCUGUCCCAACAGUCUGUUUGAGGAGCGGUCGUGUCUCAACCUACCUGUCUGUGAUAGCUUCUACUGGAACAUCUCUCCAUGGAGCCAGUGUAUCUUACCACCUAUAGUGCCAUACUGUGGAGACGGGCUCAGAGCAAGAAAUGUGACCUGUAAGCAUUCCAACAGCACCGUUCAUCCAUUGAACACGUGUCUACUGAACACGGGAGCGAUGCCGAAAAUCGUUGAUGCGUGCUACGUGUCAUGUGACAAGGAGUGUCGGAUCACUGAUUGGUCACAGUGGGGCCCGUGUGUUGGGGGCUGCAGUGGAUUUCGAUUUAGGACAAGAAAACUCAUAGGUAGCAGCCGGUUUGAGGCAGAGUGUAAGGAUAUCAAGAAGUACCCACUGGACGAACAGGAUCAGUGUUACUGCAGCCAGCUUCAGCCGAUCGUCAUUGGGGGCUGGUCCGACUGUGUGCUAGAGGAGAGGAAAGACAUCAAACAGAGAUUUGCGCAGAUGUCCCUGAAGAGUCUGACUCACCGCAGCACCAACGGGACCGCGUACAGCGACAUUCCCGUGCAGGCGUACUGUGGCGUAGGGACACGCUACAAGGCCGUGGCAUGUCGCAAUGGAAGACGGGAUAUGGAACGAGCAUCCAAAUGUUCUCAUGAUGAAUACGAGGAAGAGAUUUGUGUGGUUCCUUGUCCAAUAGACUGCGAGCUGUCCGAGUGGAGUGAUUGGUCAGAAUGCAGCGUCACAUGCGGGUCCGGCAUGCAGGUCCGGGUACGAAGCAUCCUCACAGAACCGGCAGACGGUGGUCGCAAGUGUCCAUCACUAGAGGGGUCACUCAAGGAGACUCAGAGUCGUGUGUGUCAUAUGAACUGUCAGUACUACAUGUGGGAUGACAGUGAGUGGGGCUCGUGUAACCCGAUGACGGGCACCGGGUGUGGGCGUGGCUCUCAGAGUCGACACGUCAGGUGUAAAGCUGUCAGUGAAAUGUCGCAGUCAACGUAUCUGGUGGACGACCACUUCUGUCGCGAGUACCCCCGACCCCUUGAGGAGCGAUCCUGUGUUCUGCCAUGUCCCGGGGACUGUGUGCUCAGCGAGUGGGUGUCAUGGACUCCUUGUAAACAGCCAUGUAACGGAAAACAGGUUCAAAAACGAACACGAAAAAUCCUCCGGAAAGGAACAAACUAUUAUCGCACUACGAACAGCGACUGCACGCUGCCCCUCCAUGAGCAGAAGGCAUGUGUAAGGGGAGACAACUGCAUCGAGUACUCGUGGCAGCUGUCUGAUUGGACAUCGUGUUUGGUUAACGGCGGUUUUGAGCAGUGUGGCGUGGGUCACAAGGAGAGAUAUGCUUGGUGUCGCGAUCAGCAGGGGCGGCCCAUGGAGAACUUCCACUGUGAAAAGAUAUUUGGUCGUGUGACGGAACCGCUGGUCGUGUCAUGUGAGAUACCAUGCGACAUCGACUGUUUGCUUUCUGCCUGGUCGGACUGGAGCCCGUGCAGUCGAGAUUGUGGACUGGGAACGACCCAGCGGUUUCGGACGAUUGUACAGAACGGUGAGGGGAACGGUCGACUGUGUCCGACCGACAUGCAGCAGUCGAAGCCGUGUUUCAAGAAAGGCUGCUACAGGUGGGAGGUGUCCGAGUGGAGUCACUGUCAGUCAACGAAGGGUGUGUGUGGUAUCGGAUCUCAGAAGCGUAAUGUGAGCUGUGUGGGUGAGGACUCGCUACCAGUCAGUACAAUCCGCUGCCCGCUUGACCUGGAGAAGCUCGUUAUGAAGACUGAUCAAGCAUGUCGCAUCGCGUGUCCGGGCGAGUGUCGUCUGUCUGCCUGGUCUCAGUGGAGUGACUGUCACGUCAGUUGUCAGGAUUACAACAAUGGUCUUCGAACAGGCACCAGGGCCAGAUCGCGUGCGGUGCUGGCCUACCCCGGCCCGGGAAAACCCCCCUGCAGUGAGGCAUUGUGGGAAGAGCUUCCCUGUAUAGCCUCUCGGUGCUUCAGCUAUUUUUGGACGACAACGAAAUGGAUCGGAAUCCUUCGUUCCGUCUGGUGUCAAAGGUCGGAUGGAUUGAAUGUUACAGGUGGUUGCGAUCCCCGAGAGAGACCCUUGGCCGUGUUGAGGUGUGAGCCCAACUGUACACUGAUAUCGGGUGCCCUGUGUGUGGACACGAACCUAUGUAACUGUUACGACAAGUAUGAGUCGGUGUACUCCAAUGGAACUCUGAUAGCCUGCAUCAUGGAUUCCAACGAGACAACCACCGCAGUGGCACCGUCUAUUAUUGUUCCAGCUGCCACUGGUAGUAAUGUGUGGAUGUAUGCGGUACUCGGUGUUGGGACUGUCUUUGUGAUCGCUGUCACGGCCGCCCUCUACAAUAUGUGUGAGUUGUUCCGCACCGGCCCGCGUCCACGUAGCCGCGCCGGGACGGCCAAGUCGAGCCAGAACGACUUGCGGGGCUCCCAGAAUCUCCACAACGAGAAAACUGCCAAAAUGGAUGCCCUGUACAACUGCACUGGCGACGAGCAGACGGCUAACGACAUGACGGGAACACCAGAUGAGGUGGUUGUCAGGGAUGCGACCCCGGCUCACGCGGAUCACGUACGUCACGGCAUGCAUGAGUUGGUCACCACGACCUCCACCGGCACGCGCUCCUGUCCCGACGUUUCCCACACUCUGUAUAACUGCUUGCUGUGCUCCCCGCUAACAAACGCAUGCUCAGAACACAGGUUCGAAAACAGAUGUCCCACCUGUGGCAUCCACCACAACCAGAUCCAACAUCAGCAGCAUCACCAUAGAGACACACGCAACGUUUGUGCUCCCAGGACGUCUCAGGUGCUGAGGCCAGGAUGGAAUGCUGUGUAUUCCAACAUCGACGAGUUGAAGGUCGAGUCGUGUGUCCCUGACCUUGACCCUGACCCUGACCCCAACCAUGACCUUGACUUUGAACAUCAGAAUGUGCACACUUUGAGUAGAUUUAAGAGUAAUGAUAACAGACAUAGUGCAUCAUCGAUUCUAUUGCGUCCAGCUUCUUAUAGUUCACAACUCGAGUCCAGACAGUUAUCAGAUCAAGGUGCGAGAGAAAGCGAUAGCUGUGCUCGGGGAAGUAGUAUGGGAAGUGACAGGACUACGUCAGAUCUGUACGCUGUUCCCCACAAACCUCGGCUCAAGUCCAACCUGGACGAAUUGGGUAAAGCCAAUUCUCUCGUAGACUCGUUUGACAGCAUGGAUUCUCAAACGAAUUCCGGCACCAGUGCCGGAUCACCCGUCACGGUGAAGUCUUUCAACGGUGUCAUUUACAGAGACUCGUUAAAUCAAAAUGUUACACCUCUUACACCAUACAGCGAAGUCGCAGCAAAUUCCUCCCCACCUCCAAGGAUCGCCAUGGAAACGGAGGAGGAGAAGGAGGAGUUGGAGGAUCAAUGUAAAGGAAGUUCCGACCUCCACCCAUUUGAGGUGGACAGUCAGCAGGGAGGAAGUGAUGUAGAGAUCCCCCUCAUAACUAGGUCAGAGAGUCUACAGCUGGCGGGUGACGCCAGGGAGCAGACGGGAUGCAAAUACUGUGAUAGCUCGAACCCAAGGUUAAAGAAACUCUGCUCGGGUCACAGGACGUUUUGGUCGCCUCAUUUGAAAAACGACCGAACUUUCCCAGUGUCAGCCCAGCACGAGCAAGGGCGCUGGUUGCUGUCGGCAGAUUCACAGGACGUCGCUGACGAUGGUGUCCAUGGCAACAAACGUGAAACAACUGUUUGAUUUUUGGUCAAGAUUUGUGUGUUUUUGUUUUUGUUUUGUAUUUUCAGAAAACCGCUGUAACUGAUUCAUGGGGAAACAGUUUUAGAAAACUGAAACAACUGUUUGAUUGGUCAGGAUUUUUUGCUUUUGUUUUUAUUGUCAGAACACCGAUGUAACUGCAUGACUCAUUGGACAGAGUUUUAGAAAACUGUAAAACAAUAUCUGAGUGGUCAGAUUAUGGAAAAGAAACAUUUAUUGUUUAGAGAAGAUACUUAAAGAGUUGACAGAGCUAAGAAGCGGGGCGUGAAAGAAUAAAGUGUACAGGAUCUAGAAAGAAAAUGUAAAACUAAACUGCGUUAUGUUUUAGAGAAGAAACAUGACAGUUUAAAAUUCAGAUAGUUUAGGAAUGAACGUGAAAUAAUAGUUUGAGUGAGCAGUGUUUAAUGUGAAUGGACAUCAUUUAGAAGACAAACGUUACUGAUCAGCUAUAACUGGUGGAAGAAACAGAAAGAAAUGUAAAGUCACAGUUUGAAACAGGUUUAAAACAUGCCAAUAUUUAAAGCGACAUACCCUAGGUUUUAAACACUAAGGCAUAUUUUUUACUAUUGGAGUCGUUUUUGAUAAAAGAAACCAUACUUUACUUAGAUUUUAUUGUUUAGAUUAUCCAUUUCCGUACAUUUGAAGUGUUUAUGGUCAUCCUGAUGU